GGCAAAAAGAAAAUAAUCAGACUACGCUAGGAUAACAUAAAAGUAAACAAAAUGACUAAACUAUCCCUAAGUCUAAAUAAUCUAACUACUCUAACAGUGUUCAUAUGGUAUCGAAAAGCAGAUCAAACAUGGUGCAUAAUACUAUGCAUGGGUGAAAUACUAGAUAUAUGAACUAUAUUAUCCUGGCUUAUUUGCCAAGUGCGGAAAGUGGUUUUGCUUCCUUUAUGAUAAUAUCCAAAAGUUUCAAUGUAUAGUAUGUGAGGAAAUUAGCAAGGUGUACAUCAAUGUUUUAAGGACUGCUGUAUUUUUCUUUCUGAAUCUUAUAGGUAGCAAUGCAAACUUCCUAUGUUUAAUGUCUUUUAGUGCAAGCAACUGCAAUAAUUUCUUUUGCCAAUAAAGCUUGAUAAACUUUGGUCUAAUAUGCAGGUGGAUUCCUAUGCAUAUCUCCCUCCGAAUCAAGAUCAUUACUUCAAGUGUGAUGCAUCUGCUUCUCUUGUUGCAUUUGAAAGAAGGUAUGCAUACCUUGAAAAUCAUGUUACUGAGCAGAUUGUUGGAUCAACAGAUAAGCAACCCCUUCUUGAAACUCCUGGCGAAGUUUUUGAACUCAGGAAGCUUCUUCCCACUUCUCUGCCGUAUGACUUCAACAUCCAUAUCAUGGAUUUUCAGCCAGGAGAAUUUCUUAAUGUGAAGGAGGUGCAUUAUAAUCAGCAUGGUUUGCUGCUUUUGGAGGGGCAGGGAAUUUAUCGCUUGGGUGAUAGCUGGUAUCCAGUGCAAGCUGGUGAUGCCAUUUGGAUGGCGCCUUUUGUGCCUCAAUGGUAUGCUGCGCUUGGUAAGACAAGGACACGCUAUCUGUUGUACAAAGACGUAAAUAGGAGUCCCCUGUAA